GCAAAUCCUUCGGAAGCGAUGAGGCGGUGACUGGUGAGCGGGUGGAGAUAGGAGGAGAGAGCGGCAAGGGGCAAGGCUCGCCGUCGAAUCCUUCAUGGCCUCCACCUCUCCCUGCGCCGCGCCAUCUCCAUCGCUACGAUGCCCUCUCGCGCUCUCCCACCCUUUCGCUUCUCCUCCUCCUCCUCCUCCCGCCUUCCGUCUCGCUGCCCCGAAGCUUCUCCCCGGCCGCCUCGCCGUGUCCUCGCCAGGGAUCCCAGCGGUAGCGUCAGCGCUGGAGUCCCUAGUACUGGAUUUGGAAGACGAGGAGGAGGAUGAGGAUGAGGAGACUGAGUCCGGGCUGUUCCAGGGAGAGGCGUGGGCGGCGGCCGACGAGAGGGAUGCGGUCAGGUCACCGGAGCUGGUGGUGCCCGAGCUGGGGGAGCUGCCCGAGCAGUGGCGCCGCUCAAGGAUCGCCUGGCUCUGCAAGGAGCUCCCCGCCUACAAGCACUCCACCUUCACCCGCAUCCUCAACGCACAGCGCAAGUGGAUCAACCAGGACGACGCCACCUACGUCGCCGUCCACUGCCUCCGCAUCCGCAACAACGACGCUGCCUUCCGGGUGUAUAGCUGGAUGGUGCGGCAGCAUUGGUUCCGCUUCAACUUUGCACUAGCCACUAGGGUUGCAGAUUGCCUGGGGAGGGAUGGAAAGGUUGAGAAAUGUCAGGAGGUGUUUGAGGCGAUAGUCAAGCAGGGCCGUGUACCUGCCGAGUCCACCUUCCACAUACUGAUUGUUGCAUACCUCAGUGUACCUAAAGGGCGUUGUCUUGAGGAGGCAUGCACUAUCUACAACCAGAUGAUACAGAUGGGUGGUUACAAGCCUCGCCUUAGCCUUCAUAAUUCCUUGUUCCGUGCGCUUGUGAGUAAGACAGGAGGAACUGCCAAGUACAACCUCAGGCAGGCUGAGUUUGUGUACCAUAAUCUGGUCACUACCAAUCUUGAUGUGCACAAGGAUGUCUAUGCUGGGCUAAUCUGGCUUCACAGCUACCAGGACAUCAUCGAUAGAGAAAGGAUAAUAGCUCUUAGGAAGGAGAUGAAACAAGCAGGCUUUGAUGAGGGUAUUGAUGUGCUGGUGUCAGUAAUGAGGGCCUUUUCGAAGGAAGGGAAUGUUGAAGAAACAGAGGCCACAUGGCGUGAUAUUCUUCAGAGUGGUUCUGACCUUCCUGCUCAGGCCUAUGUGUGCCGAAUGGAGGUUUAUGCCCAGGCUGGUGAGCCUAUGAAAUCCCUUGAUAUGUUCAAGGAAAUGAAGGAGAAAAAUAUACCUCCUAAUGUUGCAUCAUAUCAUAAAAUAGUUGAGAUAAUGACAAAAGCUUGGGAAGUAGAUAUCGCAGAAGAACUUAUGAAUGAAUUUAUUGAGAGCAACAUGAAGCAUUUGAUGCCAGCCUUCCUUGACUUGAUGUACAUGUACAUGGAUCUGGAUAUGCAUGAAAAAUUAGAACUAACGUUCUCAAAAUGCAUAGCAAGGUGUCGUCCAAACAGAAUAUUGUACACCAUUUAUCUGGAAUCACUAGUGAAGGUUGGAAAUAUUGAGAAGGCCGAGGAGGUAUUUGGUGAAAUGCACAGUAAUGGGAUGAUUGGUACCAACACGAAAUCAUGCAACAUCAUGCUAAGAGGUUAUCUUUCUGCAGAAGACUACCAGAAAGCUGAAAAAGUCUAUGAUAUGAUGAAUAAAAAGAAAUACGAUGUACAUGCAGACUCUUUGGAAAAACUCCAAGCUGGUCUCCUUCUCGGUAAGAAAGUUAUUAAACCAAAAGCCGUGAACAUGAAACUGGAUCAAGAGCAGCGUGAAAUUUUAAUCGGUUUGCUUCUAGGAGGCACUCGGAUGGAAUCUUAUGCACAACGAGGGGUCCAUAUUGUGCACUUUCAGUUCCAGGAAGAUUCUAAUGCUCAUUCAGUUUUAAGAGUGCAUAUUCAUGAGCGUUUCUUUGAAUGGUUGCCUUCAGCAAGCAGAUCAUUCGAUGAUGGGAGCAAGAUACCUUAUCAGUUUUCAACAAUACCUCACCAGCAUUUCAGUUUCUUUGCAGAUCAGUUCUUUCUGAAAGGUCAGCAUGUGCUCCCAAAGCUUAUCCAUAGGUGGUUAUCUCCACGUGUUCUAGCAUAUUGGUUCAUGUUUGGAGGCUCCAGACUCCCAUCAGGUGAUAUUGUUCUUAAGCUCAGUGGUGGGAACAGUGAGGGUGUUGAAAGAAUUGUUAACUCCUUACAAGCACAGUCAUUAACAAGUAAAGUCAAGAGGAAAGGGAGAUUCUUUUGGAUAGGUUUUCAGGGUAGCAAUGCUGAAUCUUUCUGGAGAAUUAUAGAGCCUCAUGUUUUGAACAGUUUUGCGAGUUCAACGAUGCAGGAGGGUAGCAGCAUAGGCUUUAGUGGUGCCCAAGAUACCGACACCAAUUUUGACGAUGAUGUGCAUAAUAAGUACCAUACAGAAAGCGACGAGUGAACACGGUAUCCAGGGAGUAGUUAUUAAGGUCCUAAAAUAUAUCAAUAGGAGCACAAUUCUAAACAUUUGAUCAUAGAUCCAGAGUUUUGUAGCGUGUAUUUCUUUCCUUGAUGCACAUCUCGUUACUAACAACUUGUUGCCCUGGUUGAUCUCUCUCUCUCUCUGGCCAUGCCCUGAUAGACUAGUGUACCAGACAGUCCCUAUGUAAGAAAGAUAGUGAGGAUUAUGUGAAUUUGCAUGUUACUGAUCAUGUCA